AUGACGUCUGCCAUUUCCAACGCCCUGUCCGGCGCGCAGGUUCAGACCAAGCGCGUCGCCGCCUCCGCCCACAAUGUCGCCGCGGCGACCGUGACGGUGCCGAGCGAUGCGGCCGAGCAAGAGGCCGGCCCGCUGCGCGUCGAUCCGGUGAGCGCGGUUGGCGGCGGGGCGCGUGGUCAGACCCGCUUCCUGGCGCCUGGCUACCUGCCGACCUACGAUCCCGGCGAUCCCCAGGCCGAUGCCAAGGGGCUGGUCGCCCGUCCCAACGUGUCGCUGGAGCAGGAAACGGUGCGCCAGAUCGAGGCGCAGCGGGCCUACGAGGCCAAUCUCAAGGUCCUGCAGACCGGGGACGCCAUGCUGGGGUCCCUGCUCGACCACAGCUCCUGA